AUGCGUCAUACUGGUAAUACCAAAGUUGCUUGUAACGACGCCAACAAUGGAAGGACUUUGCUCAUUAUAAGGGGUCUUCAAACAGUUUACGAAUUUGUUCCGAUCAUUUUGAAAGACGUUAUAUCAAGUGAUAUCAAGAAAAAUACACCACCCAAACGACUAUUAGUAUCAAAUGCUGUUCCAACUUUACUUCCGCCUGAUAAUAUUUUGAAGAUGCCCAAAAAUAUGCCAAAACCUCCUUUGACAAAUUCAACUGCAAAAAAUUUAUUGGUAAACGUCAACAAUGACGAAGUUAUAUUUGAACGUCCGGCUUUGAAAGAUGAAUGUUCGCAUAAUGACAGAGGCAUUACUUUUGAAGUACGCAAGGCUACUGAUACGGAACCAGCUUUAAUUAAUAUUGAAACAAAUAGCUUUGUGAAAAUUUCAUUAAGAGGUAAGAAAAGCAGAAAGUCUCAAGAACCAGAUCCGAAUGACAACAGUGAGCUGGACGGCGUUUUUCCUAUCCCUAAUUUCAACACUGACGUUGCAGAUCUACCAGAGAGCAAGGCUCUGGUUACUCGUCUUGACAUUUUCUGGAUAAUUUUUUCAAUAAUUACCCACCUGGUGGACCUGGGAACGGACUUGAAUUUAUCAUUCAGAUAUUACAUCAAAGGACAACUCAUGUACUUUUUCAUCACUACAGCAUUUUUGUUUAUUCCCUCUUUUAUUAAUAUCAUCGUCAGUAUCAGGAUGUAUGAGCAAGAUUCAGAGAUGAAAGCUGAAGGGAUAAAAAAGCAAACUCUAGCAAGACGAAUUCUUAAACUAAAAUUAUGCUGUCCAUUUAUUCUAGUAUUCCAACUAGCUCCAGUUCUCCGGUACCUAGACUGUCUGAAAUAUGCUUGCCAGUCAUAUCAGUGCCGGAAAGACAACGAUAAUUACGGACAAAGAAAGUAUUAUAUAAAAAUGUUGAAAGAAGAACAAGACAUAUCUUUGCUGCGAGUGUUUGAGUGCUUUUUAGAAGCUGCUCCUCAUCUGGUUUUACAGCUGACGCUUAUUAUUUAUACUUAUGAUGGAAUUGUUGCUGUUGAUUCAAUUUUCUUUCACCAAUUAAUCAGUAUUUUGAGCGCUCUCGGUAGCAUGGGCUGGGCAAUGUCUAGCUACCACAGAAUAAUUCGCUUAGCACAAGUAUCAAGAAUAAUAUCAAUAAGUGCAGCAGCAGCAAUAUUUGCAGUUUACACAACAAUAUUUUGCUUCAUCCACUGGUUCAUAAUGACCCUCUGGAUUUUAAGCAGACCAACUGGAGUGAUACAAUUCUGUCGUGACCAAAGCAAAGGUUCUGACGCUCCAUUGACAAUCUAUGAGCGCAUCGGAUACUACCUGUUUUCAGCGAUUCUCGGCGUGGUUUACGUCUUCACAUACCUAAAGCCAGCCGAGGGAUCAACUUUCUACAGGCACAUUUUUUAUUACACCAUUUGCGGAAUCGAAAAUGCGGCAGCUUGUAUUGUAUGGGCAAUUGCUGAUUACAAUACUGUCCUGUUUUUACGUAGCAUAAACCUAGAGUAUCAAUCGACCGGAUUUUGCACGACAAUCAGAAUAAACUCCUUAUCAGGCGCUACCAUGACUUCGUGCUUCUUGCUGCGGAUACGUAAAAACGUGAGGUCGUUUGUCGGGUCUAGAUCACGCACCACAGAGCGAGCUUUGUCCGAUAACUGGCUGAUCAAUCCCGCAUAUUGA